AUGGCGGACAGGAGAGAGUUCAGUGGAUUUCUGGAAGACAUAAAGCAGGUGGAGGAAUGGAUCUCUGUGCAACGAUUGGCUGUGGUGGUCAUUUUUCCCUUCGUGUGCCCUUUGUCAGCUGAGGCGCGAUAUCGAAGAAAGGAAAGCGCUGAAGGCUUUCUGAAAGAUUCUCUCCCAGGCUACGAGACAUUUCCUGCUCGGAACCUAUUUCUUAAUUGUCUCUGUGGCACGUUCUGUUUCCCGUGCCUUGGGUGUCAGGUUGCGGCCGACAUGAACGAAUGCUGUCUGUGCGGAACCAGCGUCGCGAUGAGGACCCUCUACCGGACCCGAUACGGCAUCCCUGGAUCUAUUUGCGAUGACUAUAUGGUAACACUUUGCUGUCCUUACUGUUCUCUCUGCCAAAUCAAGAGAGACAUCAACAGAAGGAGAGCCAUGCGUACUUUCUAAAAAAAACUGAUGGUGAAGAGCUCUUUUUGAAGUGACCAAAUCGGCAGAAACAUCUUCAGCUUCAGUACUGCACCAUCUCUCGCAACUGAAAUAGGAUGGAUGUGUUUAAUUACAAUUGACGGCAAUGACAAAUCAAAGUUCUCACUUAUUUUAAAAGAAUACUGUCCCUGAGUUUUGCUAAACAGUCCAGCUCAGUUUCUCCUUGCUUUUAUAUUAUCAAAUUUCCUGGCUUAUAAAUUUUUAAAAUUACAUUUAAAAUAUAAACCAAACAAAAGAUUUUACU